AUGAAUUACGUAAAAGGACUCUUUUCAAAGAAGAACGAGGCUCAUCAUGAAGAUGAUGAAUCCGAAGCCAAUGAAAGCGAAGAACAAGAACAGGAACAAGCAAAGAAGAAAGUGAAGAAUUUUCCACCAUGUUAUCCGAUUGUCUAUCAUAGUUUUUCUGCUUGUGGAAAGAAAAAGUAUUUGGCGUUUAUGGGAUUGAUUGCAUAUUUUGCUUACAUUUUGCUCACACUUUGUAAUACUGCAGGGCUGAUUAUUGGACUUGUAGCAAGCAAGCUUAGCGAUUACAUUGGAGGUAUUGCUAUUGCUGGAGCUAUUGCUCUAUUCUUCCCUGUCAUUGGAUUCUUUGCUCAAUAUUGGCUUCAUUAUGGAGCUUGUAGUCACAAGAACUCUGCCAGAUAUGUUUUGGCCUUUAUUUCUUACAUUGUUGGCAUUUUGUUCAGCUUGUUUAUGGCUAUUGGAGUGCCAUCUGCUGGAGGUUGUGGACUUGUGAGCGCUUUAUGGCUGCUAACUAAGGGUGGUGAUACCUUUUCUGUUGUCUUUAGCUUUGUGAUGGCUGCUGCUUGGGCUGUGAAUGUUGUCUAUCAAAUUAUCAUUGUCAUUUUGCUGUACAGACAUUUCAACGAGGAAGGUUCAACUCUUGGCCGUGCCAAAGAUCAAAUUGUUGCAUUCUUUGCUAGAAGAUCACUCUCUAACGCUGUUUCAGGAGUUGUUGGAAAUUAA